GUGGGUCCCAAGAUAUUUAAAGCGGAACCCGAUGAGCGGACAGUGAUAAUCGAACGUUCGAUACCAUUGCAGGAGAUACUUUUUACCGUUUUCCUCAAUUUCGAAAGUCAUCAUGACAACUUACACCGAUAAAGGACCCCAGCCCGUCGGAGGAAAAUUCCUCAGUUUCGAUCAUAUAAAAUUCUGGGUUGGAAAUGCGAAGCAGGCCGCCAGUUUCUACCGAUGCAGGAUGGGAUUCCAGCCAGUUGGAUAUCGCGGUUUGGAAAAUGGCUUCAGACGAACAGCUACGCACGUCGUCAGACAGAACAAAAUAGUGUUCGUGUUUGAAUCUCCGUACGAGCCUGAUAAUGAAGAAAUGUCUGAUCAUCUUUCCCGACACGGGGACGGCGUGCGAGACGUAGCGUUCAACGUCGAAGACAUAGAUACCAUUGUGAAGGUCGCUAAGAAGAGAGGUGCCGAAAUAGUGCGCGAUAUAUGGGAGGAAAGCGACGAGUACGGCACCGUGAGAAUGGCUACUCUGAAAACUUAUGGCGACACGCUCCAUACACUUAUCGAUAGAACGAGGUACAAGGGCUUCUUCCUGCCAGGCUUCGCGAGGGCACCGGAGGACGUUCUUCUCCCACAAUUGCCGCAAAUACAUUUGAAUUUCGUGGAUCAUGUGGUGGGUAAUCAACCCGACAAACAGAUGGAACCUGUUGCUAAGUGGUAUGAGGAGUGUUUACAAUUUCAUAGAUUCUGGUCAGUAGACGACACGCAGCUACACACGGAAUAUUCCGCGCUACGUUCCAUCGUGAUGACGAAUUGGGAAGAGACGGUAAAGAUGCCGAUCAACGAGCCUGCGCCGGGGAAGAAACGCUCUCAGAUCCAGGAAUACGUCGAGUACUACGGCGGCGCCGGCGUGCAGCAUAUUGCCCUCAACACCAGUGACAUUAUUACAGCAAUAACUAAUCUGCGUGCCAGAGGAAUGGAGUUUCUUGAGGUGCCCGAUAGUUAUUACAACAUGCUUAAAAACCGCUUAAAAGCCAGUGGCAUGACAAUCGUGGAGGACUUGGAUAUACUACAGAAAUUAAAGAUACUAAUAGACUACGACGAGAACGGAUAUCUUCUACAAAUAUUCACGAAAAAUAUGCAAGACCGGCCGACACUGUUCAUAGAAGUCAUACAGAGGCGCAAUCAUAACGGUUUCGGCGCCGGCAAUUUCCAAGCGCUGUUCGAAGCGAUCGAAUUGGAGCAAGCAAAACGUGGGAAUCUAUAAAAUGUUAACAUUCCUGAUAUAUAUGUAAAAUUAAAACCAUUAACUGUAUAAAGUAAUCCUAUGAAAGAGCAAAGGACGAGUAUCUUUGUACUUAAUUGUAUCUAUGCUCUACUUAUAUAAUGAAAUAUCACAUUAAAAGUAUAUUAUGCAUAUAAAA